AAAACGCAACUUGGAUUCCUUCCAAUUAACUGAGAAAAAAGCUGCGAGAUGGAAACCUUGCGGUGGCUCAAAGUUAGCAAUUUUAGCAAGAAGGAACCGUGAAGGAAGCACCAGUCGGAGCUUCACAACUUGUGCGCACAUUUGGAGCUCCUCUAACCUCUCUCACUCGGAUUCGGUGUUACGUCGAAUUCCACAUAAACCCUAAUUCUUCAGCUCUCAAGAGUGGUUUUUGAUGGUUCGUCGUUGUUAGUCGAUGCUGUGCGCUCUGUACUGUUAUCCUGCAUGGAGAGGAAAAGUUUGUACAGGAGAAGAAGAAGGAAGAUGAUGCAUCACAUGUUUAGGAUUUGGAUGGCGAUGGUUGUGGUGAUGGUGGUGACACUGGCGGUGGUGGGAUCAGUUUCGGGAGAAUCUGCGGGUUGCACCAGCCGGUAUGCGAGGCGAUUAAGUCAACGAGGCAUAGACAUGCCGUACAAUUCUUCAUACUUCGCUAAGCCGGUGGGCGAGAAUCCACCACAGCAGGUUCAUCUGACGCAAGGAGAUUACGAUGGCAAAGCCGUCAUUGUGUCUUUCGUCACAUCCAAAUUGGCCAUGCCGAAGGUCCGUUAUGGCACCGUCCGAGGGAAAUACCCUUCGGUGGUCACGGGAUACACCACUCAGUACACGUUUCACAACUAUACAUCUGGUUUCAUUCACCAUGUGGUUAUUUCCGACUUGGAGUUCAACACCAAGUAUUUCUACAAAGUUGGGGAAGAGGAGGAAGGUGCCCGUGAGUUUUUUUUCACAACUCCUCCUGCUCCUGGACCAGACACACCCUACGCUUUUGGAGUUAUAGGGGACUUGGGUCAGACGUUUGAUUCAGCUACCACAGUGGAGCAUUACUUGAAGAGUUACGGCCAGACAGUUCUUUUCGUCGGCGACCUAGCUUACCAGGACACUUACCCAUUUCACUAUCAAGUCCGUUUUGACACAUGGAGCCGAUUCGUUGAACGCAGUGCGGCCUAUCAGCCAUGGAUAUGGACAACAGGGAACCACGAGAUUGAUUUUCUCCCUCACAUCGGAGAAAUUACUCCAUUCAAACCCUUCAAUCAUCGAUUCCCUACACCUCACGACGCAUCCAGCAGCUCCUCACCCCAAUGGUAUGCCAUCAAGCGUGGACCAGUCCAUAUCAUCGUCCUCUCAUCCUACUCUGCUUACGGAAAGUACACACCACAAUAUUCCUGGUUGGUAGCAGAGCUGAAGAAAGUGGACAGGAAAGUGACCCCAUGGCUCAUUGUUUUGGUGCACUCGCCGUGGUACAAUUCCAACACACACCACUACAUCGAAGCCGAGACCAUGCGCGUGAUAUUCGAGCCAUUCAUUGUAGCUGCCAAAGUGGACAUUGUAUUUGCUGGCCAUGUUCACGCCUACGAACGAACUUUCCCGGUGUCCAACAUCAAAUACAACAUAACUAACGGUGCCUGCAUUCCCGAAGUAAACCCGGCAUCUCCAACUUACAUUACAGUUGGUGAUGGUGGCAAUAUUGAAGGCCUAGCUAUAGGAUUCUCGGAGCCACAACCUCAUUACUCAGCUUUCCGUGAAUCCAGCUUCGGCUUUGGAUUGUUGGACAUCAAGAACCGCACAACUGCUACUUGGACAUGGCACCGGAACCAGGAUGGCGAAGCUGUGUCGGCCGACUCAGUGAUUCUGCACAACAAAAUUUAUGUUGAAAAGGACGUGAUGUUAUGGUGAAAAUUACUCUUUUUGUUUGUUUGUUUUUUAUUUUUAUUUUUCUCGCAUUUCAACAGUAGUAUAGAAAACUAAUUGCGUGCAUGAAGAUAUGUGAUGUAUUUAGUAUUUCGUAGUUUGAUUUAAAAUGGAUCUUAAUUUGAUUAAGAAAUUUCUACUUUAAACUUUACAGGCCCAUAAAACAAAUAUCUCAGUAUAAAAGUCUAAUGUAUUUUAUUUUCUUGAUUUUAUGUCAUAAUAUUGUAACAUAAUUUGCAAGUUUGAAAUGUUACCAAAAGUGGCUUAUAAAACA